AUGCGUGGUUCAGUUAUGUUCUUGCGUGCAAGCCGUCCUCUUUUAGAGAAGGCAACUUCAACGUUGCGGCAUGCUGUUGAGGUUGCAUAUGCGUCCGGUAUAUUGGGACCCGUUCCCCGCAGUCUCAAAGGGGCGUUUGAGGCCGAUGCCUUUGCGCCGACCUUCGUGGCUGACCCGAUGAGGCCACGACAACAAAUUGGCAUGGACGGCAGUGAUUACUGUAAUGAGAGGGCGCGUGAUCGGAUCCGUUUUGCCUCUCGCUGUGCGGAAGAAGCGAGCGUUGCGGCAUCGUCAUUGGCGGUGUCGAUUGCCCACGUGGAGGGGGUUGUGCGACGUGUGGAGUGCGGUAGCGUUGAUGCCGAUACGGUUCUGCAGCUGAUCCUAGAGCUGGAGGAGGGAAACGAGCGAAUUCCAUUCGCGGCCCGGUGGCGCCCGGCUUGCAGCGAGAGCCUGCGGGGGCUUAAGAACGGUAAAUAUGUGGCGGAUGCGAAGCAGCGACUUGAGGGGAAGCGAGUGGUUUUGAGCGGGAGGCUGCAGGUGGAGGAGCGGUACGACCUGCACAGCAACAUGCUGCACAAGGUGCCAACCCUCAUUUUGCCUUCAACGCCGUCUCUUGAGGGAAGCUGUUUGUCUGUUCUUGCCGACUGA